AUGGGGAAACUGAGGCCCAGUGAGGAGGGAGCGUGGGACCUGUUGCUCAAGGACCUGAUCCCGCGUGGGUCCAGGUACCCUGACCCCACAGAUAUGGGGUACCUACCCCAGUUCACUCUGGUUAUGAGAAAAGAGCCAGGGAAUCGGGUACGAAUCCCUCACAAAGACCCUCUGGCUUCCUGGGACAGGCUGCUGAAGGUGCUCAUGGAGGAGGAGGAGGAGGAAGCUCCUCUCAGCCCAGCCCCAGCCCGGGCUCUGCCUGGCUCACUCCCUCUCUCCCAUCCGCAGCCCAGCACGGCCCCGCCCAAGCCCAAGCCGCCGCCGCUGACCAAGGAGACCGUGGUGUUCUGGGACAUGCGCCUGUGGCACGUGGUGGGCAUCUUCUCCCUCUUCGUGUUGUCCAUCAUCAUCACUCUGUGCUGUGUUUUCAACUGCCGUGUGCCGCGGACGCGGAAGGAGAUCGAAGCCCGGUACCUGCAGCGGAAGGCAGCCAAGAUGUACACCGACAAGCUGGAGACGGUGCCGCCCCUCAACGAGCUCACAGAGGUGCCCGGAGACGACAAGAAGAAGAAGAAGAAGGACAGUGUGGACACGGUGGCUAUCAAGGUAGAGGAGGAUGAGAAGAAUGAAGCCAAGAAGUGAGAGAGACACGAGGACAGCUUCCUGGCGGUGGCAGCUGGGGCA